UUUGACGCCAUCAAGCGACGCUCCGUCCCGGAAGUGACUUGGCGGAGCGCGCGGACGCAGGGAAGCCGCCCUCGAGCGAUAACCAUGGACUCCGCCAGCCACCCUUCCACGGGGGAAAUUAUCCUCCUGGCCACCAGUUCGGCCGUUACCGCAAUCCUCUAUGCCGUUUACAGGCACAAGUCAAAAGUUGCAGACAGCCUGAAGGGUGCUAAAAAGGUCACCUUGGACCAGGACUUAAAGAACCUAUUAAUGGAAGCUCCGGGGAAAUGCGUCCCCUACGCGGUGAUAGAAGGUGUGGUGCGCUCCGUCAAGGAAAGCCUCAACAGCCAGUUUGUGGACAGCUGCAAGGGGGUGGUCCAGAGGCUGACCCUUCAGGAGCACAAGAUGGUGUGGAACCGGACCACUCACUUCUGGAACAACUACGAAAAGAUCAUCCACCAGAGGACAAACACGGUCCCUUUCGACCUGGUGGCCCCGGGGGGCGAGGGGCCCCCCGACGUGGCCGUGAGGGUCCUGAAGCCCCUCAGUGCUGCGGAGCUGAGCCUGGAGACCGUCUACGAGAGAUUCCACCCCUCGGUGCAGUCCUUGACUGACGCCAUCGGCCACUACAUCAGCGGGGAGCGGCCCAAGGGCAUCAAGGAGACCGAAGAGAUGCUGACCGUUGGGGCGGCCCUGACUGGGAUCGGCGAGCUGGUCCUGGACAGCAGCACCAUCAAGCUGCAGCCCCCCAAGCAGGGCCUGCGCUACUGCCUGAGCAGCCUGCGGUUCGAGACGCUGCUCGAGCGGCAGGAGUCGAGCGCCCGCUUCUGGAAGGUCCUGGCCACGCUCUGCGGUCUGGCCAGCUGCGCCCUCCUCAUCUUCGUCCUGCACAAACAGUACCGGUGUCAGCGGGAGAAGCGGCGGCUGCGUCAGAUGCUGGAGGGCAUGGCCGCCGGAGGGGACGCCGCCAACACCUGCGUGGUCUGCCUGGGCAACAGCCGGGCCUGCGUCUUCCUCGACUGCGGGCACGUGUGCUCCUGCCUCAAGUGUUACGAGGCCCUGCCCAGGCCCCCCCACUGCCCCAUCUGCAGGCAGCUGAUCGCCCGGGUGGUGCCUCUGUACAACAGCUGAGGGGUGAUGCCCCUCCCUCUCUCUCAGGCUUGGACAUUGCUGUGUGGAACGGGGGGUUUCGUGGGUGGGGAGGGGGCUUAGUUGUAGCUCUUUGCGCAGAUCGACAAAAGCUGAGCGAUGUGGCUCUCACACUCAGUCCGGAAUUGAACUGCUGGCUGCGGCUUUGGUAAAAAUGCCAGAAUCUCUUGGUGCGUGUGAAUAAAUUGUCUUCAGACGUUGCUUCUUUCUUGAA